AUGGUCACUUUCAACAUCGAGGUCAUCUCCGACCCAAUAUGCUCGUGGUGCUUCAUCGCCCACCGCGCCCUACAAAAAACAAUACGCUUAUACAAAACCACAAUCCCCAACGGAUCCGCCGACAUUUUCAACAUAACCUAUCUACCCUACUACCUUCUCGAUCCCGCGUUAACUAGCAGAGACAAAACAGAUUUUCAGGGAGUGAUUACGCCGCGUAAACAUCAGAAUCUGACCUAUACGCGAAUUACGCAGAUUGGGCGCGCCUAUGGGAUAAUGUUUAAUUUCUGGGAGGGCAAAAUCGGAGGGACGAGGGAGGUGCAUCGCUUGAUUCAAUUGGCACAGAGUCGGAAGGGUGCGGAGGUUAGGGAUGGGGUAUUAGAUGAGGUCUUCAGCGCGUUUCAUGAGAGGGCAAUCGAUAUUACGGAUCGUGAAGUUUUGAGAUCGAUUGCUAUUGAGGCUGGUGUGGGKGCUGAGGAAGUUGAUGAAUGGCUGGCUAAAGAAAAUGAUUUUGGGGGCGACUAUCUUGAGUCGCAGCUUGAGAAGGCUAGGAAGUUGAUUGGUACUGAGAAGAAGGGGGUGCCUGUUUUCAUGGUCCAGGGGAAUUAUAGGUUUGACGGAGCGCCAGAUAUCUCUGAGCUGCUUGGGACAUUGGUGGGUAUCAGAGAUGGAAAGAUGCCCGACGAGGGAAAUGAGAUACAAGAGCAUACCAAUUCUAAUGCUUGUUGA